AAGUGACGCAAGGGUCUGGGGUUAACCCUGUCUAUUAUUAUAUCUAUCAAGCUAGCAAAACACUCAUUUGUGCCCUCCUAGGCUAGCUGCCAUGUCUGCACUGAGACUCUGCGGCGGGCCUGCAUGGAAGAAACUCUUGAGUGAUGUAGAGACAGUCCUUUUAGAUUGUGAUGGUGUACUCUGGCUUGGCAAUACUGAUGCAAUCCCUGGAGCUAAAGAGGCUGUCAGCCAUUUGCGUGCACUGGGUAAAAGACUCUGCUUUGUUACAAAUAAUAGUUCUAAGUCGCGAGAUGAAUAUAUGGCAAAGUUUCAGAAAUUAGGAUUUGACGUUAAUAAGUCUGAAAUAUUUCCUACUGGAUACAUAGUUGGGCAGUAUUUAAAGCACACAGCAGGCUAUGAUGGUAAAGUAUACCUGAUGGGUGUAGAGGGUACCAAACAAGAAAUUGAGGCCAUAGGUUGCACAUGUUUUGGACCUGGGCCUGAUGUUCUCACUGGUACACUUGAUGACUGGUUACAAAUGAGUUUUGAAAAAGAUGUUGGAGCUGUAGUGGUAGCAUACGACUGUCAUAUUAGCUACAUGAAGAUGAUCCAAGCUUGUACGUAUCUCAAAAACCCUGACUGUAUCUUUAUAGCAACAAACGAAGACCCAGUACUACCUUCUAAUGGACAUAUAGCCAUUCCAGGUACAGGAAGUAUGGUGUCUGCAGUUAGAACAUCUGCAAAGAGAGAUCCAAUCAUAGUUGGGAAGCCACACACUCCAAUGUUUGACUGCAUUGUAAAACAUACUAACUUGCAACCACAUAAGACACUCAUGAUUGGUGACUCGCUCAAUACUGAUAUCUUAUUUGGUCGGAGACAUGGCUUGAAAACUUUGCUUGUAUUAUCAGGGAAUACAAAGGAAUGUAACCUGGAGGGUUUAUCUAGUGAUAAAUUGCCUGAUUAUUAUGCUGAUUCAAUAGCUGAUCUAAUUUCAUAGUACUUUGUCUCCUCCCAUGCAAACAUGCUAAGCUAUAAGCAAUCUAGUUGUGAAAUUGUGCAAUUGA